AUGGAUAUGUCAAGUUCACAAUACAAUAAUGCGAGUGAAUCUGGUUGGACCCAUUACUUGAACCAAUCCUCUCUUUCUGAAAGAAAGGGAUCAAGAAUGGAGGAGGAAGAAGAUUUAUCCAUGGUCUCUGAUGCUUCUUCUGGACCUCCACACUAUCAUGAAGAGGAUGAUCAACCCUAUUGUGUAAAUUGGUAUCCUUCCACAUCCCAAUACACCAAAGAAUCCGAAAAGAAGAAGAAGGUCAGAGAAUAUGGUAGGAAUCAACAGCCUUCAUCUCUUGAUGAUACUGCCAGUUCCCCUGUUCUUAACGAUCCCAAGAAGAAAGUCAGUUUCUCAGGGAAUGGAGCAGUGGAGAAUGCACAGGAUUUUUCUCCGUGUCUCUCUGCAACAAGAAUAAAGAGAAAGCCUAAAUUCCAGAAGCACCUCGGUUUCUUUCAGCACUCUCUUGGUGGAAAACAAUCAUCAGAGGAACCAGGUGGUUUCGUUGAAGAAGAAAGGAAAUGA